CCAUUACACGUCCCUAGUUGUUUGUUUGUCAAUUUGUUUACUUUAUAUUGUUUCUCUAACUGUAGAGAUUAAUGGAAUUGUCAACGACCACACAUCAGCUAUCCCAAACCCGACGGCGGUGAAUCUUGAAAACGUUGUAAAGAUUGUUGUAAAGAAUCUUUCCACUUGUCCAAACUCUUUCACCAAAUCAUGGAAUCCAAAUGUUUCGACCUCCUCCGUCUACAUCCCAAUCCCCACCACCGCUUCCACCUCUGCCACCGUCAACCUCGCCCGUUCCCAGCAAUCCUCCCAAAUCCCAAAAUUACCAAGUCCCUUUAUAACAAUUCCUAUGAACCACACAAAUUUAACCCACUAUCUUUUACCAACAGGAGAACUGAAUCUCAUCAUGUCAUCAUUACUGGAAAGAAGAGAUUCCCCAAAAUCUCAACAAUGGCUACUGGUGGAACCGAAAUGGAUUCUCAGUUUGAAGAUAUUGACCCAGAUCCUACUCUUAUCAACGAUGAUCUCAAGCCAACGACAUCUGUCCAGCGGACUUUUUCUGGCUUGGAAAUGGCAAGUUUGUGGAUUGGACUAGUGGUCGGAGUACCAUCUUAUUAUCUCGCCGGAAGUCUAGUUGAUCUUGGAAUGGCCUGGUGGCAGGGUAUUGCCACCGUUGUUGCUGCCAAUAUAAUCCUGCUUGUUCCAUUGAUCCUUACAGGUCAUCCGGGCACCCGAUACGGCAUCUCAUUUCCGGUAUUGGCUAGAUCUUCUUUUGGAAUUCGUGGUGCCCAUAUUCCGACUCUGCUUCGAGCAUUGGUUGGUUGUGGUUGGUAUGGAAUUGAAACAUGGAUCGGAGGUGAGGCCAUUUUUCUACUUUUACCGCAUUCUAUUAAGCAAUCUUCGUUGUCUCAAUCUUUGCCCUGGCUAGGAACUUCCCCUUUAGAAUUCUGUUGUUUUAUUGUGUUUUGGAUUGCCCAAUUGGGCAUUGUUUGGAAAGGAAUUGAUGGGAUUAGGGAAUUAGAGAAGUACUCUGCUCCGAUUCUAAUAGCAUUGACCUCUUGCCUUCUUGCUUGGUCUUAUAUCAAAGCCGGUGGGUUUGCUCACAUGCUUUCACUAUCUUCAAGGCUUUCAUCUUCAGAAUUUUGGACACUUUUUUUCCCUUCACUCACAGCCAAUAUUAGCUUCUGGGCUACUCUUGCUUUGAACAUUCCUGAUUUCACUAGGUAUGCUAAGUCUCAAACUGAUCAGAUCAUAGGUCAAUCAGGGCUACCCAUUUUCAUGGGCGCGUUUACAUUUGUUGGGUUGGCAGUAACUUCGUCAACUAAAGUGAUUUUUGGGAGUGUGAUCUCCAAUCCAAUUCAAUUACUCGGCGAAAUCGGCGGGUGGUGGACGAUGAUCCUAGCCAUUUUGGGCAUUAGCCUAGCCACAAUCACUACCAACAUUGCUGCUAAUGUUGUGGCACCUGCAAAUGCAUUAGUCAAUCUAAGCCCUUCAAAGUUCACAUUCAGGAAGGGUGCUUUGCUCACUGCGUUGCUUGGAAUCGUAUUCCAGCCAUGGAGACUGCUCAAAUCGAGUGAAAGCUUUGUUUACACUUGGUUAGUUGGCUACUCUGCGUUGUUAGGUCCAAUUGGUGCCAUAUUGCUGGCUGAUUACUAUUUGAUUCAGAAAACAAACCUCAGUAUGAAGCAGCUAUACACAUUGAAUCCUCGAGGGCGGUAUUAUUACUCGGGAGGAUACAAUUUGGCCGCAAUGGCAGCCCUGCUUCUUGGGAUAUUGCCAGUGAUUCCGGGUUUCUUGCAGAAGGUUGGUGUGUUAAAUUCAGUCCCGGAGUCAUUGGUUAUGGUCUACAAUAAUGCUUGGUUUUUCAGUUUCUUCUUUGCUGGAAUUCUGUAUUGUACAUUUUCAUUCUUGAAGGGAAAACAGAACAAUGAUCUGUCUCUGGACCCUCUUAUUACACCUACAUCAUCUUAGUAUUACGAUUGUUGGUACAUUUUGUAUAGAAUUGGAAACUGGGAAUACAUGUAAAUUUGUCUCACCAAUUUAUCUUGGGAGAG